CUAUUUAUCAUUCAAUUCUCUUCCUCCAUUUCACUUCCUCCUUCUCUUCACUCACUUCUUCUCUUCUUCUCUUCUUCUUUCUGCAACCCAAACAAAACCAUUCUUCACUCUUACUUUUCCCUUUUUAUCCUUUUCACCUUUUUCAUGGCAUCAUCUGAGAACGUCGCUAGCAUUGAGCCCUGGAUGAUGUUUCGUCCAUCCGUCUCCGAUUCCUUGCUGGCCGAGUUCUUCACCCGCGACACCGAUUCCAUCACCAGGGCCCUUCAGAAGUCUAUCUCCGCCGCCGCCGUCUUUCCGGAAGACAACGACUUUAUUCCCUUUACCACCAAUCCCGACACCAACACCGCCGCCACCGCCACUCCCACCGUCUCCAGCCUCUCCGGCUCCGACCACGACUCUGCUCCCCGACGCCGAGGCCCGCAGCCCACCGGCAAGAUCUCCAAGCGGAAGUCGCGCGCCUCCAAGCGCUCCCAGACCACCUUCAUCACGGCGGACCCAGCCAACUUCCGCCAGAUGGUGCAGCAGGUCACCGGCGUCAGAUUCGGCGCUGCCGCGCCGAUUGCGCCCUCGGUUCUGAAACCCGAGCCGCAGCGUCCGGCGGGGAACCUGGCGAGGUUUUCCGGCGGCGCAGGUUGUCUGCCGACACUGGACACCUCGGCGUUCCUGUUGGACCAUCAUCAGCAGGUGGUGGGCCCCACCUCGGUAGGAUCCGGGCCUGCCACAGGGCUUUCUGGGCCCGGACAACUCCCUUUCACCCCGCCCCUCGCAGCCUUAGAUUCUCAUGCUGCCUCCUUCGGUUCCGCAGGCUUAGACUUUGACACCUUCUCCUCCUUUCCCACUCUGGAGUCGUGGAAAGUGAUGUGAGCCAAAAGAAUUCAGAUUCUCAGAAAAAUUUUCACUUUCCCCCUUUUUGCCCCUCUCGCGGGUUAAUCAAUCGGGCCGGGUAGCCAGCUAGCUAGCUAGGAUGACGAAGAUGAUGAUGUUGAUGAUGAUCUUGUGUAAAUUUGGGAAGGGAAUGAAUGGAUAUCAGGAUAUGCAUGUAG